AUGGACAAGAACCCGUCCAAGAAUAUCGUGGAGAUGUUGAAUCUCAACGCUUCAGAUCCUAAAGAGCAAGGUAUCGCGAACGCCCUCAUCCAGCGCUUCGAUAAGGACCAUUUUCAGAGACUUCUUCUCGAGUGGGUGGUCGACGCCAACGUCUCCUUUCGCCAGCCCGAGCACUGUCGUCUCCGACAUAUUUUCGAAUACCUGAAUCCAUCGGUCGCAGUGACGAAUGCCCACAUCUCGCACGAUACCGUUCGAAAGCGAAUUGUUGACCUUUAUAUCCGAUACAAGACGUGCGUAAUCGACAAUCUAAAGAGCACCCCGGGCCAAAUUCAUAUUGCGUUCGACGGCUGGCGUUCCAGGAAUCGGCACGCUUUACACGGGCUUAUCUGUUUUUACAUCGACAAGGAUGGAGUUCCAUCAAAGCUUGUCCUAGGCAUGCCGGAGCUGAAGAUCUCGCACUCGGGAGAGAAUAUCGCAGCCCAGAUCCUCGAGAUCCUAGAGAGCUAUGAGAUCCUCGACAAGGUGGGCUAUAUUACACUGGACAACGCUGGGAAUAUGGAUACGGCGACAGAGGAGAUUGCAGAGGCACUGGGCUUCGAUCCGAAGAAGCGGAGGGUGCGAUGCUUUGGCCACGUGCUCAACUUGCAUGAAAUCUGGCGAAAGAAAGGCCCAGUCGGAAAGCUUCAUAACCUAGUACAUUGGAUCCAUCAGUCCGAUAAGCUGACGUACCGGCUUCGUGCACUUCAGGAGGAGUUCUUUUCAAAGUCGGACAACCCCAAGAUUCGAGCGAAGAAACCUGUGGACGUUGUCCUUGAUAACCUUACUCGCUGGCUUUCGACUCUUUAUAUGAUACGGCGCGGCCUCGGAUUGCGGCCUUUCUUAGAAGACCUUAUUGAGAAGGUCACGCUUGAGUUCAGGAAAAAUGCCGCAAUGGGAUGA